UAGGGCCAGCUCGAACCGUGUGCACCAGGAAGAAGGCCAGCCCAAAGUUGAUGAAGGGAGAAAGCCAAUAGGAUGCCCUACAAAUCGAUUUCGAACAAGUUUACUGCAGUACCUGACGGCCUCUCACAGUCUGCAACCAGCCAACCACCUCUACUGGCUGCUGCCACUCCUCAUAUUGGCUAGGAACACGAGCUCUGGGCUCUGGCGGCAGCACAAGGAGCAGGGCAGAGGAGCAGGACCUCGUUAGCGUGCUUCUUGCUGCGCGCCAGUCCUCGGCGCCGGGGGCAAGGGGCGGGGCGGGGUCGGGAUCCUCGAUGCCGCAGGUGGCGCUGGUGCUGGAGGUGACGCUGUUCCCCCGCUCGCUGGCGUAGCCGCUGCUGCUGGGGCUGGGCGGACCGGCGUCGCCGGCCAUCCUCCUCCUCAACGAGCCCCUGGAACUCCACCCCCCGGGCGCGGCCGUCACGUACCCCUCGUCUUCGUCCUCCUCGGCGAUCUCGUGGCCGACGGCGGCGAAGUCUGCGGGCAGGUCAGCGUGUAUCUUGGAAUCGUUCCGAUGGUUUUGUGACGAGAACAAUGUUCUUGGUGCCUCCUGACAUUUAGGGGUUGUGGCAGUGUCCCGGGGAGUUGAGCUCCGAGGUGUUGUCGUCAUAAUUUUAUCGUUGCAGUUCUGGAAUA